AUGAAGUUAUCAUCAACUGAGGAAACAAUCAUGGGGAGGACCAAUGAUGACAAAAGAGCUGUACCAGUGGGAAGAAAGGGGACAAAGGAAGAUGAUCUGAGAAAAUCUUUAUUCAAAUCUGUCGCGAGAUCACCUGUUGAAGAUGGAAGACCAAGAAGUAUGAUUAUUAGGAAAAAGAACACAGUCAUUCCGGCUCAUAUAGUAGCAGAAGCAAUAUCUACACUUCAUGGUCUCGAUCUACGAUGGUCAGGGCCAAUUACACCGGCUGAAAUGCAAUAUGUUGAGCAAUAUGUCCUAGCCAAGUAUCCCGAGUAUUCGAGUGCGCUGGUGGAAGGUGGAGACAAGACGGAUUUAUAUGAUCUUUGCAUCAAGGGAGAGUUCUCAGAGCUCUCACCUGAUGACAAGAGAAAGUCACCUAGGACAAGUGUGGGAUCCAGAGAACCAUCUACACCCUCUUUUGGCAGCAAUCUUCCUGAUAUGGACAAAAUCCAAUUGGAGCCAUCAAGAUUACUUGAUAUCUUAACCAAGAAAUCAUCUUUCUUAGGGAGCUUCAUCUCAAUCCCUGAAAUUCAAGCGCGGAAUAAAGUUCUAAACCACUGUGGAUUACCUGAAGAGGACUAUCUGGUUCUUUUCACCCAACAGUACAAAGAUGCCAUGAUGUUGGUUGGAGAGAGCUAUCCAUUUUUCAGGGGAAACUUCUAUUUAAGCAUUAUUGGCGAAGAAUCAGAUUAUGUAAGGGAAUUUGCAAUGUUUAAGGAAUCAAAAGUCAUCCUAGCACCAGAGUCCUGGCUGGAUUUGAGGAUUAAGGGAUCACAACUCAGCCAGUAUUUCAGAAGAAAAUGCAAGCACAGCCCGAAGGGGCUGUUUUCUUAUCCAGCUGAGGUCAAUGGGAUGCGAUACUCAAUGCACUGGGUUUCUGAAGCUCACCGGAACUCAUGGCAUGUUCUGCUUGAUGCGACAGCCCUCGUGGUAGGACAAGACAAGCUAAAUCUUGCACUUCACAGGCCUGAUUUUGUUCUUUGCAGCCUUGAGAAUGGUCAUGCCAACCCUUCAAAAAUCAUCUGCCUGCUUGUCAGGAGAAAAUCGUUUGAUGUGUCCAUAGCUCCAGCUCAAGCAUUCAAAUAA